AUGACUCCGCCAGACCGGUCAUGCAACUCAUUUGAUAGAGCAACAACCCCAUCAAAUUCGCUAUUCAAUUUGCAGAGUAGCUUCGCUAGACUCGAAGAUGAAAAGCUCAGCUUUAAAGAGAUGAAGGCCAAACUUGAGGAGGCAAAGCGAACUCCUGGAAGGGGGAACCGUCCGUGGGAGGAUGGCCAAACUCUAAAUGCCCCUCCCAAGAUACAAAAAGUUCAACCUUAUCUUCGAAAUCGGCCGGACUUUGCCAAGUACUACUCCCCCAAGCUGGUCUCAAUCGGGCCCAUCCAUCGUAAAGAUACCCAAGAAAAUCUCAAGCAAGGAGAGCACUACAAGAUGAUAUGGGCAGCAAUGUACCUUGAAGAUACCGCCCAAAGUGCUGAAUGCUUAUUUGCAGAAAUUCGGAGGAGGCUCCCGGCACUGAAGCAGCUCUACACCGAGGACGCCAUUGAAGACUUCCUGGAUAAGGACGAGGAGCUUGCUUGGAUAUUCCUCAUGGAUGGAUGCGCCGUACUUCGAUUCAUCCAACAAGCGGACAGUAACUGUCCAGAGGUAGACCUGAAGGUCAAAAUAGAUCAGCUGGUCCUUGUGCAGCAGGAUCUGCUCUUGUUGGAGAACCAACUUCCCUAUGAACUACUCAAGCUGCUGAGCAAGGGAGGGGAGACAGAGUUGAAGGAGUACACAGUAAAGUUUUUGCAACGGCAUCAGAUGACCAGGAUCAUCGGCGUCGACAAGCCACCUCGACAGGCGGAAAUAACUGUGGAUCACCCAACUCAUUUGCUGCAUCUUCUGCGCCAAUACAUCGUGGGUGAUCUUGAUCGUAAUAGCAGUGAAGAUAGGGAAGGCACUGGAUCGGGAUUCCCAAAGUUUCCAACUUACAGGAACAUACAGGAGCUUAAAGCAGCAGGGAUUUCGGUAACCAAGGGAAAUAUUUGUACAACACUCACAGAUAUCCGUUUCGAUUGUGCAAUGACUUGGAAGGGUUUUGGGAGACUCCAGCUUCCCAAGCUGGUCGUGGACGACUCUACCCUUCCUACGUUCUUGAACUUGAUAGCGUACGAGAUGUGCCCAGAUUUCCUGAACGGCUACGGGAUCAGCUCCUACGUAGCAUUUUUGGAUUCCCUAAUUGACCAUGCAGGGGAUGUCAAAGAUCUGAGGAAAGAGGAGGUUCUGCACAACGCACUCGGCAGCGACGAAGAAGUAGCCAAACUCUUCAAUACUAUAAGCACCGACUUGGUGCCCGACACCGAAAGAUAUGGGAAAAUAAGACGGGACCUGGAGAAGCGUUACGAUACGAUGUGGAUGACAUGGGUGGCUCAAGCUAUCCACGAUUUCAGCAAGCCAUGCCCCUUUCUUAGCUUCGUUGCUGCUUUGAUUGCGCUUUGUCUCACUUCAGUCCAGACAUGGUUCACUGUGCACCCUCCUCCUUCUAAUGCUUAG